UUAUCAAGGUACAUAUACUCAGUGGCUACUUCAUUAUGUACACCUGUUGAUUAAUGCAAAUUUGCAUAAACGAAUGCAGACAUGGUUAAGAGGUUCAGUUGUUAUUCAGAUCAAACAACAGAAUGGGGAAGAAAUGUGAUCUAAGUGACUUUGACCAUGGAAUGAUUGUUGGUGCCAGACAGGGUGGUUUGAGUAUACUGGUACAAGUGGACUGAAAGGUGACAAUAACUCAAAUAAUGACAUGUCAGAAGAGCAUUUCUGAAUGGACAAUUUGUUGAAACUUGCAGUGGAUGGGCUACAGCAGUAGAAGACAACAAACAUAUACAUAGUGUCACGAGCGGACCUGGAAUGGACCCAAAAGAAGGACGCAGGCAUUGAAGUACCAGGGGUAGGACAGGAUGGGGAUGCCAUGGCAUCCAAGGGGUAAGACAAGCGGGGCUGGAUCCACGAGGUCAGGCAGACAGAGCAGGAUCCCAGAGUUCAGGCGAGGUAGGAGGGUCCCAGAGUUCAGGCAGGCAGAGCAGGAUCCCAGAGUUCAGGCAGGCAGAGCAGGAUCCCAGAGAUCAGGCGAGGCAGAGCAGGAUCCCAGAGAUCAGGCGAGGCAGAGCAGGAUCCCAGAGUUCAGGCCGGCAGAGCAGGAUCCCAGAGUUCAGGCCAGGCAGAGCAGGAUCCCAGAGUUCAGGCAGGCAGAGCAGGAUCCCAGAGUACAGGCAAGCAGAACAGGAUCCCAGUGUUCAGGCGAGGCAGAGCAGGAUUCCAGAGAUCAGGCAGGCAAACCAGGAUCCCAGAGAUCAGGCAGGCAGAGCAGGAUUCCAGAGAUCAGGCGAGGCAGAGCGGGAUCCCAGAGAUCAGGCAGGCAGAGCAGGAUUGCAGUGUUCAGGCAGGCAGAGCAGGAUCCCAGAGUUCAGGCGAGGCAGAGCAGGAUUCCAGAGAUCAGGCGAGGCAGAGCAGGAUUCCAGAGAUCAGGUAAGGCAGAGCAGGAUUCCAGAGAUCAGGCGAGGCAGAGCAGGAUCCCAGAGUUCAGGCGAGGCAGAGCAGGAUUCCAGAGAUCAGGCAAGGCAGAGCAGGAUCCUAGAGUUCAGGCAGGCAGAGCAGGAUCCCUGAGAUCAGGCAGGCAGAGCAGGAUCCCAGAGAUCAAGCACGCAGAGCAGGAUCCCAGAGUUCAGGCGAGGCAGAGCAGGAUCCCAGAGUUCAGGCGAGGCAGAGCAGGAUCCCAGAGAUCAGGCGAGGCAGAGCAGGAUCCCAGAGUUCAGGCGAGGCAGAGCAGGAUCCCAGAGAUCAGGCGAGGCAGAGCAGGAUCCCAGAGUACAGGCGCGGCAGAGCAGGAUCCCAGAGUUCAGGCAGGUAGAGCAGGAUCCCAGAGUUCAGACAGGCAGAGCAGGAUCCCAGAGUUCAGGCGAGGCAGAGCAGGAUUCCAGAGUUCAGGCGAGGCAGAGCAGGAUCCCAGAGAUCAGGCGAGGCAGAGCAGGAUCCCAGAGUACAGGCGCGGCAGAGCAGGAUCCCAGCGUUCAGGCAGGCAGAGCAGGAUCCCAGAGAUCAGGCGAGGCAGAGCAGGAUCCCAGAGUACAGGCGCGGCAGAGCAGGAUCCCAGAGUUCAGGCGAGGCAGAGCAGGAUCCCAGAGAUCAGGCGAGGCAGAGCAGGAUUUCAGUGUUAAGGCGAGGCAGAGCAGGAUCCCAGAGAUCAGGCGAGGCAGAGCAGGAUUCCAGUGUUCAGGCAGGCAGAGCAGGAUCCCAGAGUACAGUCGAGGCAGAGCAGGAUCCCAGAGAUCAGGCAGGCAGAGCAGGAUCCCAGAGAUCAGGCAGGCAGAGCAGGAUCCCAGAGAUCAGGCGUGGCUGAGCAGGAUCCCAGAGAUCAGGCGAGGCAGAGCCGGAUUCCAGUGUUCAGGCGACGCAGAGCAGGAUCCCAGAGUACAGGCGAGGCAGAGCAGGAUCCCAGAAAUCAGGCGAGGCAGAGCAGGAUCCCAGAGUUCAGGGAGGCAGAGCAGGAUCCCAGAGGUCAGGCCAGGCAGAGCAGGAUCACAGAGGUCAGGCCAGGCAGAGAAGGAUCACAGAGGUGAGGCGAAGCAGAGCAGGAUCCCAGAGGUCAGGCAAGGCAGAGCAGGAUCCCAGAGAUCAGGCAGGCAGAGCAGGAUCCCAGAGAUCAGGCGAGGCAGGGCAGGAUCGCAGAGAUCAGGCGAGGCCGAGCAGGAUCCCAGAGAUUAGGCAGGCAGAGCAGGAUUCCACAGAUCAGGCGAGGUAGAGCAGGAUCCCAGAGAUCAGGCGAGGUAGAGCAGGAUCCCAGUGAUCAGGGAGGCAGAGCAGGAUCCCAGAGUUCAGGCGAGGCAGAGCAGGUUCCCAGAGUUCAGGCGAGGCAGAGCAGGAUCCCAGAGUUCAGGCGAGGCAGAGCAUGUUCCCAGAGUUCAGGCGAGGUAGAGCAGGAUCCCAGAGUACAGGCGAGGCAGAGCAGGAUCCCAGAGUUCAGGCAGGUAGAGCAGGAUCCCAGAGUUCAGGCAGGCAGAGCAGGAUCCCAGAGAUCAGGCAGGCAGAGCAGGAUCCCUGAGAUCAGGCAGGCAGAGCAGGAUUCCAGAGUUCAGGCGAGGCAGAGCAGGAUCCCAGAGAUCAGGCAAGGUAGAGCAAGAUCCCUGAGAUCAGGCAGGCAGAGCAGGAUCCCGGAGGUCAGGUGAGGCAGAGCAGGAUCCCGGAGGUCAGGCGAGGCAGAGCAGGAUCCCGGAGGUCAGGCGAGGCAGAGCAGGAUCCCAGAGUUCAGACAACCAGAGCAGGAUCCCUGAGGUCAGGCGAGGCAGAGCAGGAUCCCAGAGAUCAGGCGAGGCAGAGCAGGAUCCCUGAGAUGAGGCGAGGCAGAGCAGGAUUCCAGAGAUCAGGCGAGACAGAGCAGGAUUCCAGUGUUCAGGCGAGGCAGAGCAAGAUCCCAGAGAUCAGGCGAGGCAGAGCAGGAUCCCAGAGAUCAGGCGAGGCAGAGCAGGAUCCCAGAGGUCAGGCCAGGCAGAGCAGGAUCACAGAGGUCAGGCCAGGCAGAGAAGGAUCACAGAGGUCAGGCCAGGCAGAGAAGGAUCACAGAGGUGAGGCGAAGCAGAGCAGGAUCCCAGAGGUCAGGCAAGGCAGAGCAGGAGUCCAGAGAUCCGGCGAGGCAGAGCAGGAUCCCAGAGAUCAGGCAGGCAGAGCAGGAUCCCAGAGAUCAGGUGAGGCAGGGCAGGAUCGCAGAGAUCAGGCGAGGCCGAGCAGGAUCCCAGAGAUUAGGCAGACAGAGCAGGAUUCCACAGAUCAGGCGAGGUAGAGCAGGAUCCCAGAGAUCAGGCGAGGUAGAGCAGGAUCCCAGUGAUCAGGGAGGCAGAGCAGGAUCCCAGAGUUCAGGCAGGCAGAGCAGGAUCCCAGAGAUCAGGCAGGCAGAGCAGGAUCCCUGAGGUCAGGCCAGGCAGAGAAGGAUCACAGAGGUCAGGCCAGGCAGAGAAGGAUCACAGAGGUCAGGCCAGGCAGAGAAGGAUCACAGAGGUCAGGCGAAGCAGAGCAGGAUCCCAGAGAUCAGGCGAGGCAGAGCAGGAUCCCAGAGUUCAGGCGAGGCAGAGCAGGAUCCCAGAGUUCAGGCAGGCAGAAAAGGAUCCCAGUGUUCAGGCGAGGCAGA